UUGUUUUCAAACGAUAUCGGGAAAGUAACAAACGCAUAUAAUGCACCGAUAUUUCCCUUGAUUAAUUUCGAGUUUCCUGUGUUGAACCUGCAAUCUGCAAUCUGAAUCUAAUCUAAAUUUGAAGUUUUUCAUAACAGUGAGAAAUAUUGUUUACAAUUUUGUUUCAAGAACGUGUAGGUGAUGAGUAAUAGAAAGCUGAGCUUAGUAACAGUUUCGCUGUGCAUCUGCUCAAUGUUUUUCAGAUAAAAGCUAAGUGAAAAUGCCGGGAUCCGAGGUAUUCACGUUACUUUCAAGCAACAGGUCGAUUGCAAUCUGUGUCUGAAGUUUCCAUUACUUCCAAUCGAAUUUUGAUGCUCCGUUGAAGAAAAUGGAUCUGAAAAUUGUUUUCAUUGUUGUUGUUGCUAUCGUAAGUGCAUAUCGAAUGGAAGUGAAUAAUGACGACGAUGACUUCGCCGUAAUUUUGUGUAAAAAGUUCAAUUUCAGUCGCGAUGUGUUAUUUAAGUUCACCACGAUGCCUCAUAUGAUUGAUAAGUGGAUUGAAUGGAUACCAACAUUUAUGGACGCAGACCAUAAGCCUCUGGGAACAGGGAAAACAUUUAAAGCUUUAUAUCACGAUGCUGCCGCUACUACGCUCCUCAAAGUGACAGACUUUGAUGAAGGCAAUUAUGUUGCUGUUGAAUCGAAUUUCGUUUUUAGUCCACGCAUUGAGCUGUAUUUCUUCGACAAGGAUUUGAAAGGAAUGUUUCAUUGGGACGUCGUGAAUGGUUCAAAUGAGAGCGGAUGUCAUAAUCAUAUCAGCCAUCAUCAAAGGCUUGGGUCGGAACUUGGAGUGCGGUUGACAAUCAAAUCAAAAUCGGCUUUGUUUCAGUAUACACUUGGGAUAUCCAUUCGUGCCUUCCUGCGACAAGAAACGAGAAGAUUACUGAGCAACUUAGAAGCGGUUAUUCAGCGAUACUUGUGGUGGCACAAUCACUUUCGAACGGAAAUCAGAGGGAGAUGAGCUGACAAUAUGCGAGAAUUGCUUUAUUCAUCACUACCUCAAGAUUUGUUGUAUGUUCAGAGCGCAGAUAAAUUUAAAUAUUAUGAUAUACAUGUGCCGAACGAAAUAUAUUUAUGUACAUAAAUAAAGUUUAUAUGAAAGCUUA